CAAGAAUCUGUCCUUCUCAUGGUAAAAGUCACAAACUUCCAUUUUUGUCAAUUUUUCUCACUUAUAUUAAUAAUCAAAACAAAAAAGCACCCAACACCCUUUGUGUGUGCCAGCUGCGGCUGGUCACAAGUGCUCCCCAGAGCCAAAUCACACACACACACACACACACACACACACACACACACACACACACACACACACACGUGUGUGUCCAUCUGGGAUCCUAGCCUUCAAACUGCUGUGACUGAGCUCCCUCCCGGCAGAAAGACCAGGGGACGAGGGGAGACAGAGUGCGUAAAGCAAAGCCUCACAGUGGUGAGGAGGAAGCUGUCCAAAGCCAGCUGGCCUGGCUUUGACAAAAGCAAGAGGAAAAGUGAGGGGGGAAAAAAACAGGAAAAAAGGUACAAAAAAGAAGAGCGAAAGAAAGUAGUAAGGUUGUAGAAAGUUUCUGGGUGUUAAAAGGAAGUGUGGCCUAGCUGAAGUGAAGACAGACCCACGUGGAGAAGGCCUUUACAGCAGGUUCUGUGACGGCAGCUGCAGCAGCACAGUACAUACAGGAAAUUUUCUUUCCCAAGGAGGAGGAACCAGCAGGAAGCGAAGUGCUGUGCAGGAAGGAAGAGUGCAAGAUUCGAGGUGGACUUUGGGGCCUGAACGAAGUUGAUCCGCGCCUUGAUCAUUGCAUAGCGGUGCACGUGUUUCGAGAGAAAGAGAAGGAGAGACCGAAAGAGAGGAAGAUCGAGAGAGGAAGGGAGACGGUGUACAAUGUGCUAGUGGAACGGAGGAAGACAAGCGCGGGUGUUUUUCUGAUAUUCUCUGGGCGCCAGAGAGACCGACUAGGACGCAAAGAUGGGACGAAAGAAGAUCCAGAUCACCCGGAUUAUGGACGAGAGGAACCGCCAGGUCACCUUCACCAAGAGGAAGUUUGGCUUAAUGAAGAAGGCCUAUGAGCUUAGUGUCCUGUGUGACUGCGAAAUCGCCCUGAUCAUUUUCAACAGCUCCAACAAGCUCUUUCAGUAUGCCAGCACUGACAUGGACAAAGUUCUGCUCAAAUAUACAGAGUACAACGAGCCUCACGAGAGCAGGACAAACUCUGACAUUGUGGAGGCCUUAAACAAGAAAGAACACAGAGGCUGCGAUAGCCCGGACCCUGACGCCUCAUAUGUCCUCACACCCCACACAGAAGAAAAAUAUAAAAAAAUUAAUGAGGAGUUUGAUAAUAUGAUGCGAAAUCAUAAAAUCCCCACAGGUUUGCCGCAGCAGAAUUUCUCCAUGCAUGUGGCUGUGCCGGUGACAAACUCCAUGAGCUACAACCCCGGGGGCAUUCUGAGUAGCCAGGGCCUGCCAGCUGCUGCUGCAGCCUCACUAAGCGAAGCCACCAUGCUGUCCCCACCCCAGACCUCUCUUCAAAGAAACGUGGUGCCUGCUGGCGCCCCCCACAGGCCGCCCAGCACAGGCAGCGCAGGAAACGGCUUCGUGAACCCCAGGGGCUCGCCGGGACUUCUGGGUACCAGCAGUGGGAAUGGACUGGGAAAAGUUAUGCCCACGAAGUCACCGCCUCCGCCAGGGGGAAACAUGGUUAUGGGGAACCGAAAGCCAGACCUGAGAGUGGUCAUACCACCGUCCAGUAAGGGAAUGAUGCCUCCACUGUCAGAGGAGGAGGAGAUGGAGUUGAACACUCAGAGGAUAAGCAGCUCCCAGACAACCCAGCCUCUUGCCACACCCGUGGUGUCCGUCACCACCCCGAGUCUACCACCACAAGGCCUGGUGUACUCCGGCAUGCCAACCGCCUACAACACCGAAUAUUCCCUGAGCAGCGCUGAGCUUUCCUCGCUGCAAGGUUUCGGUUCUCCAGGGCUCUCGCUGGGCUCCAUGUCGGCAUGGCAACAGCACCAACUGGGCCAUGCAGCUCUCAGCUCACUGGUGGGUGGUGGUCAUUUACCUCAAGGCUCCAACCAGUCCAUUAACACCAGCCCCAACCUCACCAUCAAGUCAGAGCCCAUCUCACCUCCACGUGAGCGCGUCACUCCGUCCGGAUUCCCACAGCAGCAGCCUCCCUCCUCCAGCCGUCCCGACAUGGGCCGCUCACCGGUGGACAGCCUGAGCUCCUCAUGCUCCUCGUAUGACGGCAGCGACCGCGAGGACCCGCGCGCCGAUUUCCACUCGCCGCCGAUCGGCCUGAGCCGAACCCUCGCACCUGGAGCCGAUGAGCGCCACAGCCCCUCUGUCAAACGCAUGCGCAUGGACUCCUGGGUAACAUAAAAUGACCAGGGAGGGCAAAACAGGCCACAUAGGGGGGAGAGAGAGAGAGAGAGAGAGAGGCCAGAAGCAGGGAGGGCCAUUAUUAUUAUUGUUGUUGUUAUUAUUAUUAUUAUUAUUAUUAUUAUUAUUAUUAUACAUUUUUAUUUUUAAUUAUUUAACGUCAUAUUUUUGUUCAGGAAGGCUGUGGGUGUGGCAAAGAAAAUUCACGCUAUCCCAGCAUAUUGAAAUUCAAGUUGGGUAAUAGCCGUUAUUAUUCAACGAUGUUAAUUUGACUUGUUUUGGAAGGAGGCGGGCACACGGAAGGAAAUUUCAGCUGUCCUGACAUAUCAGAAUUAAUGGUGCAACUGAGUGGUGAGAGAGAAAUCAGCUCUUCAGACUGGCAUGGUUACUGUACUUCGAACAGUCGUUAUCAGGUACUUUAAGCAGUUCAGGUUUAGCGAAAGUCCAACAUUUAAAGAAAAACGAAAGGUGUGUGGAGAUGUUUCAGGAUAAUGUAGUCUGGUCUGGCACUUGUAGUAGCUGUUUUUUGCUGUUGAAUUUGCAGGGUUGCGCACAACCAGAGCAAGUUUAGGCUGUUUGCAGGCUCUCACCAGCUGGCCUCCUUAUUAAUCUGACUUUAUACACACUUACAAACAUGUUAACGUAUUCAGGAUUGACCAUGUUUCAAAAGCUUUUGGUUUACAAAGGGAGGUUCAUGACUAAAAUGAGAUCACACUUAUACUGUUUAACAUAGGAAGACGAUCCACUUAUGUUCGUGCUUUUUUUGUUGUUGUUGUUGAAACACAACUUUUUUUUUUUUUUUUUUUUUAAGAAUGAAAAAUAAGUUAAACAGUAGCCCAGUUGAACUGGAGACAAGAGUCCUAAAUUAAAAUACACCUCAAACAAUGGUUAAAAAAAAAAAAAGCCAAAGUAUGUUUGUUAGCUCAAGUUUUGGUUUGAAAAUUCUCAUUUCUCUUUCACUAUUCAUUUCCUCUUAGUUCUGUUGUAAUGUAUUUUGUUACAAACUAUGAAAAAACAAACAAACCAGAUCUUGAAACCGAUAUCUAAAGCCAUGAACACUCAGUGUUCUGUUUGUAAAUUAAAGAUUUGAGCCAAACCUUUUGCUUUUGUUAUGUAUAUAGCAACUUUAAUAUAUAUCACCGUCAGUGUAAGUACGUAUGUAUUGUACUUUCACUGGAUUGAAGAAAAAAAAAAAAGUAUAUUUUUGUGGAUUACUGCCAGGUUUACAAGGCGAGAUCCUUAAUAAGUAGAGUAUUCACUGGUUAAUAUUUACUAUUUUGUUAACUAUACUGUACUUUCUUUGAAUCUGACUUAUUAUUGCUAUUAAUAAUCAAAGUGUUUUUAUUUGAAAGAAGGAUGUUUUAUGGGUCGCUUUCCCAUUAAUAAUGGUAAAUGUCUGUCCUUAAGAAAUUGUAACAGUGCUGUAAGUUUGAAACGCCACUGUCUCUCUUUUUUUUUUUUUUCCUCUAUUUUUGUUUUUGUAAAAGGAUUACUGUAACAUUAAGGAAAGCUUUUUUUUUUCCCCCCUUUACUGUACACAUUGUGGGAGGGGUUGGCCAAGGCUGCUGAACACACUGCCUACUUUCACAACCAAGGAUUCAUUUCAAGCCUCAAGACCUUUCGAAUGCCGAUUAGUGACACACAUCUUCUUCUCUCAAUAGAUUUUUUUUUUUUUAACUGACUUGCAUCACAAUUUAAACCGAUCCCACCUUUAGUUGGUCAAAUUUGAUUGAUACUCUUAACUCCUGUCGAUGGAACCCUUCAUCGAAGUCACUUAAUGCCCCCGUUAUUAUCGACGUAUUGUAAAUACUAUAACCUAAAACAUACAUACUAUGUACAGAACACACUUCCCAUUUUCGUUUGGUGAAUUGGCUCGCUAGACUAUUGAUCCUCUCCAGACUGAGGGAGGCCACUCUGGAAGCGCCAGACGCUCUGUUGUUGUUGUGUGUGCGCGUGUGUGUGUGUGUGUGUGUGCGCGACUCUCCGUUUUCGCAUCUAUCUCUCCACACUGAGGCUCUUUCGUCCAUGCUUCUUUCGCCUGCCUCGCACCUCACUGCCCCCUUCAGGUGGAAGAAGCAUCAGGGGAUUCAGCAGCAAAAAGACAGUUCAAAUGCUAGACAAUGCAAAACCAAUCUCUCUGCUGGAUUGCACAUGUUUGUACAGUCAGGUUUGGCAAAAAAAAAAAAGGCUUGCUCUCUUUAAAUUUGCUAUCUAUUUCCUCCACUUUGUGUGCUCUCGUCCCCUUUUUAGAUACCUCUCUGCCCUAACAGGCACCAUAGCAGCUGGCAAUAAGCUGAUGUUAAUCUAUGCAGUCUCUGUACACACAGCCCAGCACACAGGCUCAUUCACACAGCAUUCACAAGGUUAGGAUUUAGAAUUAUAAUUGGUUAUUAUCAUCUGCCCAUUCAAGACAUUUCCUUGCUGAUGAACAGCAUCGUCUGUAUGUGCACAGUUGAGAAAAUGACUGUUAACCUUCAACCCUUAAGUGCUUGUAUAUUAAGAAGGCACACUAUUUUAUUGGCUACUUUAUAAGUACCACAGAAAGCCAUUUCAUGCUGAGUAACCUUAAUGCAGACCCUGGUGUCAAUAGCUUUCCCUGCGUUAGCGUGGGCACAAGUUUGGCUGAAAAGCAAAGUUUCGAAAAAGUUCAUUAGGAGUCUGUUUUGAUGAUGUCUAUCACUAAUGUGUUACCGCAAUUAAUGCCUUUCAGGGUAGAUAAGCAAUAAUGCAAUAACGCCAUUGCAGUGCUGUAAACCGCACUGUGGAGUAAUGAUAUGCAGGGCACUUACACUGACACGCACAUACACAUAAAAACACACACACACACACACGCGCACAAAAGCUAGAUUAGGAAUCAGGGAGUUUUUCCUCAUGUGCACAGUUAGAGCUUUAAUCCAAAGAGUUCUAAAUUGUGCAUGAUAGUUCUCAUCAACAUUAAUUUCAUUCCCAAUGUUAAAAAAAAAAAAAAACAAAGCUGGACAAAGUGCCAAUGUGUCUAUCAAUCCCCCAGCAGACACAUACAAGAAAUACAUAGGAAAUCUAAAGAGAGGAAGUUGCUCAUCUUGGUCUGAGUGCUGCUUACGACAUCACAAAAUGAACUGAAUGUGAAAAGAAGGGUUUCAGGAGGAAAACAAUUUGUAGAGAACUUCACUUUGCUGUGCAAGAGUACACUGCUUUGCUUUAUGGCUUUUUCUAAAAACAGAACUAUGUAUUUGGUAAUUGUUUGUAGUUACUAGUUCAAUUCAAGAAGCUGUUUGCGGUUUGGACGCUCAAACCGUUUGGCGGCACAAGCUGGACUUUGUUGCCAUGAAUGAAAUGAAAUGUUUUAGAUGAAAAAAAAAAAGAAUCAAGAGAAAAAUUUAAGCUAAUCUGCAUUCUAUUUCCCUUGAAUGUGUUGUUUUAUCUUCAUUAUACAAUAAAUAUUCUAGUGAACUUUUUAUUGAAUGACUAAGAUAUUAUGCUAGGGAUUGUUGUACAAAUUUGUAUUCUGCAUUCACUUAAGUAAAGAUAUUGGCUUUAACUGUGUAAACAUAGAUUCUCUUGCUUAUUCUGUACAAAUUGAAGUGACUUCGAAGAUUUUGUCCACCUGUGAAGUGCAGAACCUUAGAAGCUGUCCGCUUUAUUAAAAACCUAAAUGUAACCUCAAA